AUGGUAGAAGAUUAUCAGAAAGUCGUGGACGUACUACAAUCCGGACAUACGGAUUACUGCAAGGUUCGGUUCUCGCCUGUCGAAUAUGACAAUAGCAAUGGAUCUACUGUCUAUCAAAGUCUAGAGAAAGCCUUGGCGAUAUUUGCAAAAAAGGACACAGUGAUCGCUGUCGGGCCAUUCAUUGAUGUAUUCACCUCAAUGGAGUAUGUCAUCAAACGACAAAUCCAUUUGGUGACGUCAUCGAGUGAAAGUCAGGAAAAAUCUGACAGAGCUCUUCCAGUCCUCCCCGAUACAAAAUCACUCUCCAGUGCUGUUGCCGAGAUUGUACACAGCUUGGGCUGGACCAAAGUCGCCUUUUUAUCACAGGAUGACUUCUCUCCUGUUUUGGCUCUCGGAAACAGAGACAUAUUUGCUUGGCCUAUUUUACUGCCAUCCAACAUACAGAAUGGAAACAACCAGGAGUUGAGACAGACGAUGACCCAGCUCCGCGAGGCACAGAUGCGACAGUUUAUCCUUCACUCGAUGGACAAGGAGGUCGUGCAGCACGUCAUCACAGCGGCUGAAGAACAUCACCUUCUACAUUACUCUAGGAGCUGGUUCAUCACCUACCUGGAUUUCUCUGAUGUGACAUUACACCUAAAGGAAACCGUCUCGCUCUAUGGAAUACAACUGUUGAACGCGGGAGCUAUCCCUUCGAGUCUUUAUCAAGAAGAACAAUUCCAGAACCGGUCACGCCUAAGUCUGGGACUUCUAGUGGACGUUGUGUCUAUACUGCGACACUGUCUCCGCCGGGGACAAAGCGAAUCUUACUGCGAUAGCCAGCCUCUCAAAAACCAGACGAUGAAUCAAAAAAUGUUGAACGAGGCUUUUGAUGAUAAGGCUGAUACCUAUGUAGGUGCACUGGGACAGUACAAGUGGGGCGUUGCCGAGGACGGUCGCAGUCGUAUCCGCACCAGCUACUCAAUGGCCGUGCUAAGUCACAUCAACAACGAAACCAUCAAAGACAAUAUCAAGAUCGGGAACUGCACCUUCCUUGACAAACCUGUGUAUACCCCUGUUGGCGAGGGAACGCAACAAAAAUCAGUAAAAGAUAUAAAGACAAGUCUUAAGGGCAUGAACUUUACCGUCAUUACGAAAAAGGAUCCGCCGUUCUAUUCUGUGACCAAUGGUAGACACGAAGGAUUCUGUAUUGAUGUUCUGGAUGCUUUGAAGAAGCUAAUGGGGUUUGAUUAUAAGAUAAUUGCGUAUAGGAGCAAGUGGGCAGGACUGAAUGAGGACAAAGAAUGGGACGACAUUCUACACAAACUCAUGGUUGGGGAUGCCGCCAUUGCGAUAGGUGACCUAGUCGUGAAGUCGAAGCGAGAGGCACAGAUCUCCUUCUCCAAUACUAUCCUGUCCUCAACUGUUAGCAUGCUGUUGAAAAGGCCGCCUCUCCAACCAACCUUCUUCCAGUUCCUCUGGCCUUUCGACAUCGGCCUUUGGUUUAUGAUAGCCAUCUUCUUCUUUAUCGUGGGAUUGUCUCUGUUUUUGAUGACCAAGUACGACACCACCCAGCGGACAGCCGAGCAGAAGUUUGAUCUUAAGGAAAGCAUGUGGUACUCUCUUAAUGUCAUACUGCAAGGUGGUACCGAGUUCUCACCACAGACUACAUCGAUGAGGACCAUCGUGGCUUUCUUUUGGUUCUGUACUCUGAUCAUCACUGCAGCAUAUACCGCCAAUCUCGCUGCAUUCUUAACUCUCAAACAGAUCGACAGUAGAAUAAAGACCCUUGACCGUCUCGCCAGCCAAUCAGAAGUCAAAUAUGGCGUUCGCAACAACAGCGAUCUCAUGGCCUUCUUUGAACAAUCGACCGCGGAUCCUUACGAGCGGAUGUGGACGGUGAUGAAGCUCACAGAGAAGGAAUCUCUAGUAGCCGAUAGGAUGGAAGGUGUCAACAAGGUCCUGGCGGGAGAAUACAAUUCUGGUUUUGCCUUCCUUGAUGACGGGCUUUUCAAUGAUUAUUACGCUGCUAAAUUCUGUGGGAUGGAUUCAAUCGACCAGAGGUUUGGAGAGAAACACUUCAGUCUAGGGUUCCCUAAGGGAGCGCCGUACAAGGACGACAUCAAUCGAGCUCUCCUUAAGUUGAAAGAGGAUGGCAUCAUGGAUUCUAUCACAACUAAAUGGUGGCAGCCUGCGUCUAACUGUUCGACUGUGAGUAACGAAAAGACGGGCGCCAAGUCGUCGGGAGAACUGGAACUUGAGAACAUGGUGGGGGUAUUCAUCGUGCUAGGCUGUAGUGUUACACUCGGUGUAUUAGUGGAAAUCUGUAAAAGGAUUUACCUCGCCAUCCAAAGGAUGCGUAACAUCAACAACAGUGAUGACAAAGGGUGA